GGAAAAUUGGAAUAGUAUAGCUUUAUGCUUUUGAGGUUAUGUUUUUAUGUUUGCAGUAAUAACAGUGAUUUUUAGCCUAAUAAUAAUUAAAUUGAUAGAAUCGUAGGCAGUUCAAUCAAACACUGCUCAAAGUAUUCCAAUUAUGAAUAAUUUCAAUGAAAACUAACUAUUUGUAUUAGUGAAACAAGUUAGUAAUCGCUAAAUAGAAAACCGUCAUUAAUUUAUUAAAACUUGUAACAGAAUUAAGUUCUUUUAUUUUAUAUCUAAUAAUUUUUUGUUUAUCAGUGAAAACGGUCUUACAUUUCUAAAUUUGAUAAAGUGAAAAUGUCAACUGCUGAAAAAAAUUCAACACCACACUUAGCACAAAAAGGUGAUUACUUGAAUGAUGUAUGGAAUUCACUGUACAAUCCGGAAAUCAACAAACAUAUUGAAGAAGAUAAUUUAACAAUAAAGGCCAUCUUUAUGCUUCUAGAAACGGCUUUAAAAAGUGUUAAAUCCGUUGCAAAAGAGCUUAAGCAAGCAGAAUAUGAGAAGGAAUCUCUGCGAAAAUCUUUACAGACUAUUAAAAGCGACAAUGACAUUCUGAAACAGACUGUUGAUCAACCUUGUCGGCAAUGUCCUGAACUACAGAAAAAGCUAACCGAACAAAUAAAAAAGACAAAAGAUUGCAAACGCAGUAUACAAUCUAUAUACACACUACUAAAGCCAAACAUAGCCGAUAAUAAUGGCGAAGAUACUCAGAAGGCGCUGGUUGAAACGCAGACUGUCAUGGGAAAGUACUUUGAAGAAGACAGUGACAUUAUACCUGAAACACCGGGCUGUUCAACCAAGACAUCCAUUAGACAAGCUAGUAAAAAUGACCAGCAAAAAAUCCAGUCUGAAUUGAAUAAAAGUCCUGUUAAACAGCAAUCGACCACUUCAAACGAGAACGUCACCCCCAAAAAGGAAAGUAUAAGGAAAAAGUCACCAGAGAUGAGUCCGAUCAUAAAAUCAGGAAAGCGAACAAUCAAGUCUAGAGGGAGCCAGGAAGAUAAUUCACCUGAUCAAAAUCAAAAGAGAACAGAGCCUCAAAAUCGUUCACAAGGCCAAUCCGGCACGAACGCGAAAUUGGAGUGGAAACUGCGAGCAAACGACAGCGGCUCGGGUCAUCAUAGCAACAAGCAGAGCUCACUGAAGCAGGCGACUCUGUCGGUGAAGGCGCGACCGCGAGUGGAGACCAAACGCGACCUGUCGCUGAUGAAUGGCUUCAGCGGCGGCACUCUGCCGCGUCCGGCCGCGACUGACCACUGCGACAGUGACGACUGCAUCGCCUCGAGUCCCGGCAUCGAGCCGCAUCGGCUCUCUGGAUUGAGUCUCAGCAAGAAGCGGCCUAGAUCCAGCAAAGAAGACGAAGAUAAUAAGUCUACUGAUGACCAAAUACCAAUCGUAAUGACAUUGGAUGAGACUCAUUUCGCGCCACUGGCUGCAAGCACAUGCAACGUCGAGCAGGAGGAGAAAAAACCGAAACGAAACCCAUCUUCCAAUCCAAACUCGAAGAAUCAGUUCAAAUCAGAACCAUCAAACCCGUUACCAACCUCGAAUUCGAGAAAAGAACAACCUACGACCAAAACCGAGUUCAAGUAUGAACGAGGAGCUGUGAAAAAGAAAUCGGAAAGAUUGAAGCUGGAUGGGUGGUCAUGUGACGAUUGUGAAAAGUACUAUGCAACAAUGGAGCAAGCCGGUAUGAAUACUUCGCAGAUCAAGAGAACUAUGAACAAGUGCUCGAGGCAUCGAAAUCAAUUCCAGAGACCAUCAACACCGCCUGAUUUUUGGAAUCCAAAGUUCGACACUAGUGAUGAGGACGAUUGACUCGAGAUUUCCAUGUGAACAAAUUGGUGCUCAAAACGAAAUACUUAGAGAAUGUUCAUUCCUAGAAACUGGCGAACGCAUGUGAUUAGAUAUCAUUGAAUUGUUCAUGUAUUUUAAUAGGGCUACUUGAAAUAUCAAUUACAGAGAAUUACUAGUAAUCUUAUUUAACACGACUAGUUUUUGAUAUUUGUUAAUUCCGAGAAUUGUCCGACACUAGUCGUGUUUGAAUUAAUAAAAUAGAAAAGGGUGCUAGUAAUUCUUUGUAAUUAAUCAUUAAAUUGAAUUGAUGAGAUAGGCCUAGUGAUUCUGUGGAAGUUUGCGGAUUAACUAUAGACAAAUUUUGUAAAUUUAGCUAUAAGUGAUAUACUAUUGAAUUAUCAUUGUUAAUGCCUUUUUUAAUUUUCUCAAUAUUUUUGUUGAUUUUUAUUUAUAUAAAUAUUCUUCCUGAUUUCAUGGGUUUCAUUUCCUCAGUUAUUCUCAGACAUAAAUGUAUACUGCAACGGAACAAAUUUACUAAAAUUUUUAAUUGAAAAAAAACGAAAUAUUUCAGUUCGGUAAAAAAGUUGUAUUUUUGUACAAAAUGGAAUAAGGGUAGUACAAAACUUCAAAUUACAGAAAUAAUUGGGAAAUAAUACUAUGUAAUUGAAUACAAAAUUCGCCCAGGACGUAAGUUACAUUGGCUUUAAAUGCUCUACUUAUUUUUCAAAUCUUCAAGUAAUUUAAUUGAUUGUUUUACUUUAGUCUGUGAUCCUUCAGUGUCAUUCGGUGUUUAUUUGACUUUUCCAUUUGAAGGUACAACUGCCAUGCAUACUAAAUUUUCCUUCUCUAUGAAAAUUGUAUACUGUUCAUCAGAAUUCCUGUAGAGGCCGUGAGGUUUACUUUUCCAAGCCACAGGUGAAUCCAUAAACCCUUGAACGGUUAAGCUUACCCAGGAUUUUCCCGUGAGUCUUUCUGCUGAAUAAAGCCUGUAAAAAAGCAAAAGAAACUUAAUUGAAAGAUAAUUCAGCUUUAUCAAUUUAACUUGCUUUAUUAUGGCUAAAUUAUUUUGAUUGUGAACAAGCUAUGUUUAAAAUGUGUCUUUUCAUUUUUUAACUGUGAAUGCUAUUGUGAUUUCUUUAGCUUGAUAUUUUCCAUUUUUUAAGGUUUGUUUCCAAUUUUUUUUCAAUGAUUAAUCAAGUUCAAUACUUUACUUUCCUAAAUAACAAUUUGAAUAACAAAUUUCAAUAAGCUUAGAGAAAAAUAUAGUUAUUAGGAAUGUAAAUUUUCGUGAUAAUCAUAUUAUAUAAGAUCUGGAAACAUAACCUGAUUUUGACUUUAUCAACUAUCAAAAUUCAAGAGAGAAACAGUUAUAUGGUAAUCCUGUUUAUUCUCUCUCAAUCAUGACUUGAUAAUGUGUAUUUGUGAAUGAAUGAAUGAAUUAAUAAAUAAAUAAUCGAGUGAGUCUGUCAACAUUAUGUUUUUCAACU